AGUUUGGCGAUUAGUUUCGCUGCUCAUACGGACUGAAAACCGCGCAGCCCUCGGCAAGAUAAUGGGCAUACAUCUGAGAAAUAUUUCCAGUGAUUUUGUGGCAUACGUGAUAAGCAGUAAAGUGGUUGAAUAAAGACAUCAACGAAAAAACCCAAAAAACAAGACAGUUUGCAUAAAAACCGAAUGCGGAUAAAAAACGCGCAGAUUAUUAUUUAUGUGAGUUCAGUUCACUUGAGUUUAAAUUCGUUUCCGUGUAGUUUACAACGCACAUAGUAUAUGGUUAUUGUAUUGUUCGGUCAUUAUCGAUUUAAUAUGUGAAUGGUGUCGCAGUUUGCUUAAAUUGCGUAUACGCCUUGUGACUCCGGACUGAUAAAUUUUCAAUGCGUUGAAUGCCGAGGGUUUCGCCAAAGUUAAUUGAGAAUUAAUGGCGUUCAGGAGGGCUUAGAGCCACUGGAUCACUCAGAGCCGAAGUUACUCAGCCACAUCCUGACCAUGGACAAUUCGCAAACUGUGAUAAUCAACCAGAUAAUAAGCGAGUCCAAAGCCAAAAACCUAAGAAGUCGCAUAGCCAUCUGUCAUCUAACCUCCAUCAUGCCGAAGAAAAUCCAUCAGCCUGGAGGUUCCCUCUACUGCGGAGUUACAGUGCUGGGCGUCCUGUGCUUAGUCGUGUUCCGGUUGAUUCCGGGGAUUCCCUUCGGCACUUACGUUAUGGCCGAGAGAGACCACUACCACACCAUAGACGAUCCAAAUGUGCCCUGUAAUUUCUACGAUACGGUGAACCUGACGGGCCAUAGGCUCUUUCCCAACGGAAGCUAUGAUUACUACGGCACAAUAGUUCCUGCAGAAUUGGUCGGGACGUACGACUACAUACACAGCUCGCUAACGGAGCGCAUAGAGGUUCGGGAACACGUGAGGGGAUGCGUCUGCAAGUUCAAGUCCUGCCUGAAUAUCUGCUGCCCGUGGCGGCAGGUCUUUAACUCUGAGGUUGACGGAUGCAUAAUAGACCACACGGACAACCGAACGUGGCCAGAUCCGCCUAUGCUCAAUAUAACCUUCCGCAACGAGUCUACGAUAUUGGUCAACAUGUUCACGCAGUUUGCUAUCCAAAGCUUCAGACCCUGCCCCAAGAUGUUUUCCCUGCAGCCAGAGACCAGCAGUUGGGAUGACUAUCUACUCUUCGAGAACGGAUCCAUGCUCCGUGUGGACGAUAAACUGCUAAUCAGGAAGAACGAGUUCUGCAUGGUUCCGACCUACGUCAACGAAUCGGACAUGUUCUACACCAUACAUCCGGCCAAUUGUGACAUGCAGGACGACCAUAGCACGGUAAAGAUUAUCAACUCGUAUGCCAUGAUGUUCUCCAUUCCCUUCAUGAUGCUGACCAUAGCCGUUUACCUAUUGAUUCCCGAGCUACGCAACCAGCACGGGAAGAGCUUGGUCUGCUAUCUAAUAGGUCUCACCGUGGGUUACUCCUCGCUGUGCUACGUGCAACUCUAUCAAGUUGAUGCCACGGGUGUUACAUGCAAAGUGUUCGGAUACACAGCCUAUUUCUUUUUCAUGGGCGCCUACAUGUGGCUAAGUGUCAUCAGCUUUGACUUGUGGCACAAUUUCCGAGGGACGAGAGGAAUUAACCGAUUCCAGGAGAAGAAACGCUUCCUGUUUUAUUCGCUCUACUCUUGGGGUAUUGCCCUAGUUUUCCUGGCCUUCACCUAUUGCGCCCAGCAACUUUCCAAUUUGCCCGACAACCUAAAGCCAGGUAUUGGGGAUGGCGUAUACUGCUGGCUGGAUAUGAGCAACUGGGCAGCCAUGAUCUAUUUCUACGGUCCCAUUCUGGCCAUCGUUGUUGCCAACACCAUCAUGUUCAUAAUGACUGCGAUCAAGAUUCACGGCGUGCAGCGCGAGAUGGCCCGGAUAAUUGCGAGUGAGAACAGCACCAAGAACCUACGAACCGAGAAGGACAAACGUUUUUAUCGUGCUUGGUCCAACUAUAGAUUCGGCUUGUUCUUGCGCCUCUUUCUCAUAAUGGGCAUCACCUGGCUCACGGAGCUCAUCUCGUACUUCGUGGGCAGCGACAAGGGGUGGUCAAAGCUCUUCUAUAUCUCGGAUCUGGCCAAUGCCAUGCAGGGCUUUCUCAUAUUCAUGUUGUUUGUGAUGAAGAAGAAGGUCAAGCACUUGAUCACAAACAGAUGCUCGAGUGUUCGCGAUGGCAGCAACCAACGUCAGAGCCAGUACUCCACCAAGACCACGUCGAGCAGCGUGGCCAAUCUGUCGCUGCACGAGAAGCCAUCUGUGGAGAAGCCGCUAGUGAUCAGCUCGAGCGUGGAUCCGCAGAAAACUACCAUCUUCCGCUGAUCACAGCACUCGCAGUUGCCAUAGGCAGAGCAUUGAAUACCUCGGGAUGCGUGCAGAUCAGGAAGGACUAAUCGCAUUUAUAUUCAACUUGAUCGUCCUCGGAUUUUUGCGAACACUUCGUUCCUUUCUGUAGAUAAAGAUCACUUAUUCAUAUUUUAGGACUACAUAUUCCUAUCAUGAGAUUAUUCUGUAAUCAACAUUUAAAGUCGAUAUCUAUAAAUUCGCGCAGUAGCAUCCACAUACGGAUAGAACUUUAUGAAAGACACUACUAUAAGAGAAAGUCCCUAUCCCCCAGAACUACCACGAAAACCCACCCCACCCAAAUUCUCUUUCUUUUUUUAAUGCCAUGUGACCACGAACAACCUGAUUAGUUGUAUAAGAAAGUUAUGCAGAGCCAUAUUUACUGUUUAUGCAAGCAAAAUUUUAAGGUUCUCCGAACCCCGCUGAGAGAUCAAAUUUGUAAUUCACCAUUAGCCUAAGUCCAAGGUAAGCAUUCAGCAUAUAUACGUAACAUAUAAAUGUGCCUUGUUAAAACGAGAUUGGUGUUGAUUGAUUACUGUAUACCCUCUUUGCAUAAAUGUACCAUUCUCCAUAUCUGCAUUAUCUCUGAACUAAUGUAAAACAAAAUACAAGAAUUAUAAUUGUAUUCCAAGCUUAAUAAAGCCAAAGAUAAAAUUGAA